GGCCAAUCACGGCGCUGUUUACAUCCUGUUACCGGAAGGGCUGCACGGUUCAGGUGGGAGCCGCAGGUGUCAUCUCUAGUUGCUCGGUGACAGGGCGAGCGUUAGCUGCAGGUGAUUUAUUCUUCCUAUCUACAUCCAGAGGAUGGCUUCUGCAGAGGAACCUGUGCCCAAUGUGGAGGACUCUCCAGUACAUGAAGAUGGGUGUGACAGUGCUUCAGUAUCAGAGAAUGACUCCAAACCAAGAGACAGGACUUCCCUUGUGGACAGUACAGAGGAGUUUGAGAUAAUAGACAGCACUGGGGAAGAUGAUGAUGACUUGAGUGAUCUUCCACUUUUGGAAUCCGUAGUGAAUGAGGGAUCAGGCAAAACACAGACUGAAUCAAGUGAACAGAAAGAAAAUGGUGCGGACGGAAAAGAGCCAGAAGAAGAGUGGCUAGAUAUUCUAGGUAAUGGGCUUCUAAAAAAGAAAGUAUUGACUCCAGGCAAGGGUCCUGAAAACAGACCACGAAAGGGGCAAGAUGUCACUGUGCGAUUGAAGACCUCCCUAGAAGAUGGCAGUGUUGUAGAAGACACUGGUUCCUUCACUUUCACUUUGGGAGAUGGUGAUGUGAUCCAGGCUCUGGACCUUUGCGUGCAGCUUAUGGGGACUGAGGAAACUGUACUUAUUGAUGCCAACUCUAAAUAUUGCUAUGGGAAGGAAGGCAGGAGUCCAGAUAUCUUGCCCAAUGCCAACCUUGUCCUUGAGGUGACUCUGCUUGAUGUUAAAGAUGGUCCAGACUUGGAGCUCCUGACUGGGCAGGAAAAGUUGGUCUUGGCUAAUAAGAAGCGGGAACGUGGAAAUUUCUAUUACCAGCAAGCAGACUAUGUGUUUGCUAUAAACUCUUAUGAUAUCGCCCUGAAGAUUGUUAACUCCAGCUCCAAAGUUGAUUUCACACCUGAAGAGGAGGAGGAAUUAUUGGAUGUUAAAAUGAAGUGUCUGAAUAACCUGGCAGCUUCACAGCUAAAGCUAGACCACUUUGAGGCUGCCCUGAAGUCCUGUAACAUGGUGCUGGAGCAGCAGCCAGAAAAUAUUAAGGCCUUGUUCAGGAAGGGAAAGGUCCUGGCCCAGCAAGGAGAAUACACAGAGGCUAUAGCCAUCCUAAGAGAAGCAUUGAAAUUAGAGCCAACUAAUAAGACAAUCCACGCCGAGCUUUCCAAGUUGGUGAAGAAACAUGCAGACCAGAAGAACGUAGAAACUGCCAUGUACAAGAAGAUGCUGGGAAAUGUGAGCACUUCCACCAGCAAGCCCACCCGAAAGUCUUCUUGGUCUAUUUCCUGGAAGUGGCUUUUCGGCGCUACAGCCAUAGCAAUAGGAGGUGUAGCCCUUUCUGUUGUGAUAGCGGCCCGCAAUUAAGGUGGCAUCCUUUGAUUGAGGACAGAAGCCAUUUUCUGUACUGCGAAGAUCUAGAGGCAUCAAAAUUUCUCCUACCUUCACUCUGAAAGAAACUCUCUUUAAGGUGCCGUGUGCAAUCGAUAAAGAUAUUCUAUGUGAUACUUAGAAACUAUUUUUCUGAACUAAUGCCUUCUCGUGUGUCGCCUGUCAAUUACUGUGAAACAGUGCAGCUUCAUCACAGAGUGCUUGAGAAGCUACAGACCUGGGAUGAACUCCAUACAGUGCUUGAUGUACCUGGAGAAUGAGGAGGAUGUUCUUGUUCUGUAUAUUUAGUGAAAUGUUUAUUCCAAAUUCUUCAGAGGAUUGUUUCCGCCAAAGAAUGUUGAGGUCGGUCUGUGGUGGCGGCAGGAGCUGAUCCAUAGCUACGUUCUGCCCAAGAGACUCUGCACUGCAUCGUAAGGCAUCUUCACAAUCAAGUCAUUUUGGUAGUUGUUGCACAGUCAUUGAAAUAGAAGACCCUGCAGGUUACAAGCUGGACCUCCAGGUAAUAUAGGUGGCCCCAGUACGUAGUGCUCUCUCUGAAUAUUCAAGAUUAUUUUGGAAAUGAAAGCUAGAUGUAUAUUUAUUAAAGAAAGUUUAAUAAUGGCCUCUGCAUGCAACCUCAGAUGGAACGGAUUGUGAAUCUAAGGUUUUCCUUAGUUGAUAGUACUUUAAUGGGACCAUCCGCCCUGCGAUUCUAGAAAACCCUGUGGGACCACAUUCCAUUAACCCUAUCAGUCUGCAUUGUUUGCAUCUGUUGACAUACUAGUAUGGAUUUGGCAUUGCCAUAUUUAAAAAAAUAUAAAUCCUUCUGGUGAGUCUUCAGCCCAAGGGUCAGUGAUUCCAGGCCAUUAAAAUAAUUGGAUUCGCACAGGGGCAUGGUGCCAUUUGGUGAACUUUUAAAGGGAAUGUGUCGUAAGCAUUUAGACCACCAAACCACCACCCUCCUGUUAUCUAGGCCAGUUCACAAUGAUAAGCUUCUAUAUUAGGAAUCGGCAACUUCCGACACUCCAGCUGUUCUGAAACUACAACUCCCUGAAUUCUCAUUUCACUUCUAUGGACGUUACAAGAACAGCCGUGCAUGCUGUUCUACUGUAUAUUCUGGCAGAUUUGGUAUAACUGAGAAAAAGAAUGUGUAACAGUGUAUUCAAAUCCCAGUAAGGAGUCAUGAAGGUGAAGUCGUUUUGGCCAGUCCCACUCCUUAUGUGACUGACAUCCCUCAAGUUGGGAUAUAUUAUUACAAGCCAUUUCUCCUGGAAUCUGGCACUGUACUGACCUCAGCUUCAUCUGCACAUGCCUCAGGUGCUGCUGGAGGUGGCUUGUGAUGAGGUACCUGGUAUGUGGGACAUCACUCAAGCCACUGACUACUCUGGAGAGCGGCUUGACCCUAUGACGCCUUCCAGACAUUUGAUUACAGCGUUCAAAGUUCUUUUUCUGUGUUAAGGUGAAUCUGCCAGAAUAUAGAAGAUUAGAGGGGUUGUGUCACUAAUAUAAAUGUACCCCACCCAACAGAUAUAUCACUGUCCUAUCAGAUAUAUCACUGUUAUUUCAUUUUCCCUAAAUACCUUUAUUCUAAAGUUAUUAGCCUAUCAGUUUUGAUUUCAGUUGCUGUUGGUUACGUCCUGUAGUGGAGCCUUGUAAUACAGGACGCACAUGCUCACAGCACUUCUUUUCCUUCCCUGCAAUAACCACUCCUCUAUAUGCAGGGUCAGGGAUGGAUGGACAGACGGACAAUAGAUUGACAUAAUGAUGGACAUUAGCACACGUUGCAUCUGGUAUAAAUGCAGUUGAGCAUUUUGAAUAUGUGGAACGGUUAGUGUCACAUGUCCUGCUGAUGUGAGGACACAUCUCACUGCCCUAAGGCAUGAUGGGACAGCAAUCACAUUGACAAACCAGAAAGUAGGAUGCAAGCCUGGGGGGAAAGAGAAAACUGCAAGUGAGGUACAUUUAAAAAAAAAAAAAACAAUCCAAGUAGGAAUGGAAGCUAGAGUAUUUGGUGAAAAUAAACUUUAGAGUGAAAAGUAGUUUGUGAACACCCCCUUUAAAUACUGAGAAAAUAGGUGAUAAUCCUGAGCGCUGCACGAUGUGCCUGAUGAAGUCGGUGGUUCGCCGGCGAAAUGUGUCACACUGUGUACAUUACAGUGCAUGUUUUAUUGUUCAAAUAAAGGUUUUUAUUUACACAGUGCUCUAGAAUAUCGCCUAUUUUAUCAGUGUUUGGCCUGUUUCAGCCAGGCUGUGGAAGUCCCUUGGAGGUGAAGAGCUGUAGUCUGUAGAGAAAGAAUAUUUGCUGUGCCCACCCCACAGAUAUGCCACAUCUCCUGCACAUAUCCAUCCGGUAGAUGCAACUGAUUUGUUUUAUUGGUGUUGUCUUGUGUCCUAUCUGUUUUCAGAAUAUAGAAGACUUUCAUUGUGAACUUGUCAAAGUCCUGGAUAACACAUGGUUAGUGGUUUGGGAACCUACAUGCUAGUGACAUGUUCCCUUUAAAUUCCUGUAUAGAGAACACAUCACCAGCAGGGCGGCUUAGUUGUACCAAUAAGAAAGUGUUAAUGUACAGACAAUGCUGGCCCUAAGAUGAGGGGUGUAGUUCAGGUUCUAUAGGUCCUCUAGGCAAGUUGCCUACAUUGCCUAGAUCUAGUAAUAUUUGGGGACAGAACCUGCUGAUUGUGGGGUUGUAUUGUAAUCAAGACCAUUUUAGAGAUUAUAUAUGUUAAUUAAGUUAAAUAUAUUGUUUUCAUUUUACUGGUUAAUAAACCUGAUUACAUUGUUUGAUUUA